AUGAACGGUCAACGUCAAAAACCAUACCGGCUCGGACGUCGCCAGGGUGAACAAGGUCCGGGUCCUCUGUCGUGGAACCAGGACAGAAUCGAAAAAUUGGCUACUGGAACAACCAAUCGAACAAUCAAUCAGGCAAUAACAACAAGCUACGCAAUAACAGCACCAAAGCUAUCAAUAUCAACGAUAAGAAACCAGUUACAAGCACAGACAACAACGACAACAGCGCACAGCCAUGUAUCAAACAAAUUAAAAUUGACAAAACGUAUUUUCACUGUGGGUACUUGGAACGUUCGAACAUUAUGGGCAACCGGUAAAUUGGAACUAUUAAGAAAUGAAAUGAAACACUACAGAUAUGAUGUUAUCGGCAUAUCAGAGGUGCGUUGGACAGGAAAAGGUGAAACAACAAAUGGUGAUUUUAUUUGGUCAGGUGAAAACAAUACACAUACAAAAGGCGUGGGAAUGUUACUAAGCGUAAAAGCUCCAACACCAUUCAACUUAACAAUAAUCAAUGUUUAUGCACCAACAUCGGAAGCGUCAAUGGAUGACAUUGAAACAUUUUACGACAAUCUGGAAGAAGCGGUGGCGAAUACUCCAAAAAAGGAUAUACUCAUUAUUACUGGUGAUUGGAAUGCAAAAGUGGGUGAUAACAAUACAGGAUGGGAAUCUGUCAUGGGUAAAUAUGGCUAUGGAACAAUAAAUGAACGUGGUGAACAAUUAUUGGAAUUUGCAACAUCUCACAAUCUAUUUAUUUGCAACACAGAAUUUCAACAAAAACCAAAUCGUAAAUGGACGUGGGAAUCACCAGAUGGCAUACAUAAGAACAUGAUCGACCUGAUUCUCAUACAAAAUCGCUGGAAAACAUCCGCCACCAACUGUAGAACUUUCCAAGGAGCUGAUAUCAGCUCUGACCAUUCCUUAGUUUUAUGUAAUAUCAAACUACGAUUGAAAAACCUAGCAAACAAACCGCAACAGAAUCUGCGACACGACACCAACCAACUCAAGGACCAAGCAACAAGAAACAAAUUUCAAACACAAUUGGAACACCAGCUGAAUAACCUCCACACCAACUGCAAUAUAAAUGAACAUGCUUUAGAAAUUGAGCAAGCAAUUAAACAAGCAAUAAAAGCAACUACAACUACACAAACAACAUCAAAGAAACCCUGGAUUUCUCAACAAACAUUGAUCCUAGCGGAUCAAAAACGAAAAGCAAAACAAACUAAACACAUCUCAUCGACCAACAACGAAAGAUACAAGAAUCUUUGCAGUCAAGUGAAGAAAUCGGCAAGAAUGGACAAGAACAAUUGGAUUCAAGAACAAGGUGAAGCAAUUCAAAUGGGGUUGACAGUAGGACACAACAAACAAGCGUAUCAAUUGGUGAAAUUAUUGAAAAAGAAGUUUUCACAAAAACUGACCAGUAUCAAAAACAAAGAUGGCACAGUAUCACAAUCAAAAAUAGAUGUACUACAAAGUUGGACACGAUAUUGUAGUGAACUGUAUCAAGAUAAAGGUGAUAAUGGCGAAAACACAUUGGUAGAAGAUCUGAGCAAGAUAUGUCCUCCAAUCAACGACGUAACAAAUGGCAUAUUAUACAGUG